AUGGUGUCAUCUUCGUCGCAAGAGUUAGAGAAACUCAAAUCCACACUUAUGAACUCAUAUUACCAAGAUCGCGAUCGUAAACCAUCAACGAAGGGACUGCUUACGUUGGAACACUUGAAGCGUCUCAAAGAGUUGCAAGCCAAUAGAGAAUUGUUGUUAUCAAGACCAGACAAAGAUGCAGGUUCCCGAUGUCAGACCACACGUUUGUCCCCGAACGGUGGCAACCAGACGUGUACCGCUGAUGCCAGUGGUGGUGGUGGUGGUGGUGGUGGUAAUGAUGACGAGUGUGGAGCAUUUUCAUCCUCCGAAUUCGUGACAUGA